CUAUCCAAUCCUCCAUAACUAACCUUUGAUUCUCUCCCAGAAUAACAAAUCACACCCCUCCACAUAUCAAACAUUUUCCCGCCAAAAUUAUCUUCCCAUAAGCUACCAAGCUCGCUCACAUUUAUAAGCACAAUUCACUUCUUUCUCAAUCUCUCUCUGCAACUGAAAACCAGAAACCAAUAUCGGGGAAACCUCCAUCAAUGGCAACCAAAUUUCUCAUCUUUUUCACUCUCCUCUCUUUCCUCUCCAUUUCCUCUUCUCUCUCCACGGAGACCAUUCUCGACGCCGCCGCCACCCUAUCGAAUUCCGGCUUCAAUUCAAUGGCCCUAAUUCUUGAAUUCGGCUCCCAAACCUUAAUUCCACCGACCACCUCUCUAACCAUCUUCUGUCCUUCUGAUACUGCUUUCACUGAAUCAGGCCAACCCUCGCUCUCUCUCCUGCGUUUCCAUUUCUCUCCACAAACUUUCCGUUUCAAUACACUCAAAUCCCUACCUCCUGGAACCAAGAUUCCUACUCUGUUUUCUAAUCAUUCACUCAUCAUCACUUCGACACCGUCUUGUGAAGACCAAGUUUCCCUAAAUGGUGUCAAGAUUAAUGAGUCUGCGAUAUAUAGUAAUGGGUCUUUCGUAAUUUUUGGAAUUCAUAAGUUUCUUGAUCCAGAUUUUGAAGUUUCGGGGUUAAUCAGUGGCAGGCCUGUUUCUAGUCUUGACUGCUCCGUUUUGGAUAAUAAUAGUGAUUAUUCUUUGAAGGAGGCAAUUAGGGUUUUGAGAUCAAAAGAAUAUUCUAUACUGGCCAUGUUUCUUGAUUUGCAGUUGGGAGAGUUCAAUGACGAGAUGAUGGUAACAAUCUUUGCUCCUGUUGAUGAAGUAAUGAAGGGGUAUAUAAUGUGAUGCUUAAUGGAGUUCAAGUCACAGCUCCUGGCUUGUACUACAAUAACUGGCUUGAAGUUCAUGGUCUUGAAGAUAGUUUUUUGGUGCAAGAAGA